AUGAACAGAGGAGGCGGCGGGGAUGUGGUCGAAACUGUGGUCAAGAGUCUUGGCAAAGGUUUCGAUUUAACGGCGGAUUUCCGGUUAAAAUAUUGCAAAGAAGGCGACGCUGCCGCCGGAGAUGACAGAUUGGUUGUCCUCGACGAAACUCAAAACAGAGAACUGCAUGUUCCUGGCUUCGGAGCUAUUCAGAAUGUCUCCUCCGAUAUCAACUGCGACAAAGGAGAACGCACUCGGUUCCGUUCCGACAUUCUUGAUUUCAACAAGAUGUCGGAGUAUUUUAAUCAGAGAUCGUCGGUGACCGGAAAAAUACCGUCGGGAAAUUUCAACGCGACGUUCGGGUUUCAAAGUGGUUCAUGGGCAACUGACGCCGCAAACGUUAAAUCUUUAGGUCUUGACGCUUCUAUGGUAACGCUCUUUAAUCUACACAUCCACAAUCCCAAUCGUUUGCGUCUCACUGAUCGCGUUCGAAACGCCGUUCCUUCUUCCUGGAACCCGCAGUUACUUGCCAGAUUUAUAGAGAGAUAUGGGACACACGUAAUAACUGGGGUGAGCGUAGGAGGACAAGACGUGGUUGUUGUGAGACAAGACAAGUCAUCCGAUCUCGAUACCGACCUCCUCCGUCACCAUCUCUACGAUCUCGGCGACCAACUGUUCACAGGCUCUUGUCUUCUCUCUACUCGCCGGCCUAAUAAGUUUCCAGAGGCGUUCAAUGUCUUUGACGACAAAGAAACGGUCGCUUUCAAUAAUUUCUCGAUGAACUCCAAAGAUGGGAUAACGGUUAUAUGCGCCAAAAGAGGAGGCGACGGGAGAGCAAAAAGCCAUAGCGAAUGGCUAAUAACAGUUCCCGAAAAGCCUGACGCCAUCAACUUCAACUUUAUUCCGAUCACAUCACUGCUCAAAGACGUCCCUGGCUCUGGUCUUUUAGCUCAUGCCAUGUCUCUCUACCUUAGAUACAAGCCGCCGUUAAUGGACCUACAAUACUUUUUGGACUUCUCUGGGCCUAGAACGUGGGCUCCCAUUCAUAACGACCUUCCGUUUGGCGCGGCGCCAAAUAUGGCUUCUGCGUAUCCAGCUCUUCAUAUCAACUUCAUGGGUCCCAAACUAUACGUUAAUACCACUCCCGUGACCACGGAGAAGAACCCAGUAACAGGAUUGCGAUUGUUCCUCGAAGGCAAGAAAUGCAAUAGGCUGGCUAUACACUUGCAACACCUAGAAAAUACGAGGACAACUGUUGGUGAAAAGAUCACCGACAAUCAUAGAUGGAGAGGCUCCGACCAAAUAUCUGAUAGCAAUCGUUACUUCGAACCAUUAAACGGUAAGAAAUUCUCACACGUGUGUACAGCUCCAGUGAAGUAUGACCCAAACUGGACCACAACAACAACAACAAGCAAACACUCAAGCAACGUCGCUUACAUAGUCACCGGAGCUCAGCUAGAAGUGCAGAAACACGGCUCAAAAUCCGUUCUCCAUCUCCGUCUCCGUUUCACCGGAGUCUCUGAUCACUACGUCGUUCAGAAAGAUUGGGUCCAUGGACCAGGAACUUCCCAAAGAUCUGGAAUUUUCUCUUCCAUGAGCUUACCGUUGACUAGUGGGAGUGUUCAUCAUAAUAUGGUCACUAACAAAGACAAAAACGAGGCCGUUUUGGACUCUGGUGUCUACCCAAGAGGACCUCCUGUGCCGGCGAAUAACAAGAUCGUGAAAUUCGUGGAUCUUUCGCAGUUAUGUCGAGGACCUCAAAACAGUCCUGGUCAUUGGUUAGUCACGGGUGUUAGGCUUUAUUUGGAUAAAGGGAAACUUUGCUUGCAUGUCAAGUUUGCUCUGCUACAUCACCAACGCCUUCUUGGCGCUUCUUGACAAAAAAAAAAAAUAUCAAAAAGAUUAGAAUAAUUUUGUUUGUUCUCUUUAUUGAUUUUGAUGUGUGUAUAUAUGGAGGCUGCGAGACAGGGAACCAACCUCUCUCUUCUGUUUAGAGAGAGAGAGAAAAAAACCUCUCUUGUUCUUCACACUUCAAAAUCUUUCAGAGGAAGAAGGUUUAUGUUUAUGGUUCCUUUUUGUUUUUUUUGUUGUAAAUUUCGAUCUUGUAAGAUCGAUCUCUGUCUUCGCUUAGGCGAUUUUCCUUCUUCCUUCGGGGAUCUUUUUGAUGUGGUUUUAAUAAAUUCCAGUCAUCUUCUGAUUGGAUCUGAUAGAAACCUCUCGCUAUCAUUCUUACCAAUCCCGGUGAUUAAUGAUUAGAUGCUUCAAUCAUCGUAUCAACAAAUCUUUUUUUCUAGGAGUAUCAGACUCUACGGAAGCCAUGAAUCGGCGGUAAAGGUAGAGCUUCUCUGAUUGAAGAAUGGAUGAGUUAGAAAGGUUUUUUUGGGUCUCUUUUGGAGCAGAUUCAGUAGAGUUGGCGUGAAAACGGUCCAACAAAGAGUCUUCCUCCAUCCGACCUAAGUCUCCUCCGAUGUAAUCAACGGUGGUUGCCGGUUGUAAAGCGAAAGGUAAUAGAGUUCAAGGGUUUGGGCGCAGCAAAGGAUUGCAGUGAAGUCAACGGAAAAGCUUCUCCGGCAGUUUCAGCGACACAAGGAGAGGCGGUGGAAUCGAGCGGUGAAGAAUAGAUUGGUGGCAAGUUGUGUUCUCAGAAGUGGCCACGUUGCAGCAAUCCUAAGGAGAGUUCUACACGUGUUGCUUUUAAUUAGGUUUUAUCAUUCAUCUCACGUGUUGGGCUUUCUGCCUAUUUCUUUGUACUCUUGUAAUAGCCCAAAAAAAAUUUAAUGAAAUGAACCAAUGUUGACAAAAAUA